AUGAUCCUCGGUCGCGUCUUCCAGCCGCUUCGCCGGCGGCGCCGGCCGCCGCUCCUCCAGACCACAUUCCUCCGCCUCCACGGCGCCCUGGCAAACCACCCCAGCCCGUACACAGCCCUUCCCGCCCACCGCGGCCGCCGCUCUGCCCGCGCGGUGUUCGACGAAACGCCGCACGAGGACGCCGUCGCCUACGCCAACCUGAUCGAACUCCACCUGAGCUGCGGAGACCUCCCGCGCGCGGAGGCGCUCUUCCGCGCGGCGCCCACGGCCGCCCGCGGCCUCCGUCUCGACACCGUGAUGCUUGACGGGUACUACAAGGCCGGCCGCGUCGACCACGCCCGCAGGCUGUUCGACGGAAUGGCGGUCAAGAGCGUCGGCGCGUGGACCCGCAUGGUCUCAGGGUACUGCCGCGCCGGGCGCGUCGACGAGGCGCGCCGUCUGUUUGAGGUGAUGCCGGCCCGCGACGUCGUCUCGUGGACGGCGAUGUUGCAGGGGUACGUGCGCAGCGGGAUGAUGAGGGAGGCGCGCAGGCUGUUCGACGCGAUGCCGGCCCGCGACUUCGUCUCAUGGACGGCGAUGUUACAGGGGUACGUGCGCAGCGGGAUGCUGAGGGAGGCGAGGGAGCUGUUCGACCAGAUGCCGGAGAGGAACGUGGUCACAUGGACGGUCAUGGUUAGGGCCUAUGCCGACCAUGGCCACUUUCAGGAGGCCGUGGAGCUGUUCGACAGGAUGCCCCAGAGGAACCCGUAUUCUUGGAGCGCCAUGAUCUCCGGUUUCCUCCGUGCUGGGAAAGUGGACGAGGCGGUUCGGCUGUUCGAGAGGAUGCCGGAUAGGAACGUGGUUUCUUGGACCACAAUGGUCACUGGCUUGGCGCAGAACGGCCGCGUUUCGAUGGUGAGAGAGUUCUUCGACAGAAUGCCCAGAAACAAGGACAUUGCAGCGUGGAAUGCGAUGAUCACUGCUUAUGCCAACGCUGGCCAGAUGAACAAGGCUCAGAGAUUGUUCGAUUCUAUGCCCGCAAAGGACCUGGUGAGCUGGAGUGCCAUAAUCCAUGGCUAUGCCAAAAACAAGCACAAGGGCGAAGUCAUGCGUUUAUUUCUUCUCAUGCUCCGGUCAGCAGUAUCCCCUGACGGAACUACAUUGAUCAGUGUCUUGGUUGCAUCCGAGAGCACAGUUGAAGUUGGGCAAAUCCAUGGCUUCGCUACCACACGAGGUCUCCUGUCAGACACCUCCUUAGGAAACGCUCUGCUCACCAUGUAUUCAAGGAGCGGUGACCUGCACUCUGCCUGGCAAGUUUUCAACAUGUUACAAGAGAAGGAUCCCGUCACAUGGACAUCGAUGAUGCGGGCCUUCGCCAACCAUGGCCGUGCCUCCUACGCGCUGCAGGCCUGUGCUCAGAUGUUGCAACAUGGAUACAAGCCCAGCUCAACCACCUUCAUCGCCGCUGUCGUCGACAAAGGCCGUGCCUCCAGGGCGCAUUGCCGCGUAAGCGUCCAAGGUGGGACGCUUUAUGAACAAUGGUGGGGGAAGCUCUUCCAAAGUCUGACGGUCCCUCUGGUUCGGGUUUGGGAGGCUACUACACGGUUCUGGUGA